GUUGCGAUGACUCGAAAGUUGUUUUCUCAUGCAAGCUUAACAGUGCACGUCAUCAGCUCUACUUGCACGAUAAGUAGUAACGACUUCGAAGCUUCCCCCUUUCCUUGAAGCAUCUCAGUUCCAGACACUUGGUGAUUACCAAGCAGAUCCUAGCUUAACAAACAAAGAAACGCGAACGGUGCUGUUAUGGAGGAAGAGUUUGAGGAGUCGCGCUACGAUGUUGGGAGCGCGGGGCCUAUAAGCUCGUUGCCCCGAGAUGACGAUGAAAUUGUGGAUAUCUUCCAAGCAGUGAAGGACAAUGAUUUAGAAAGUGUUCAGACCGCGCUGGAUAGAGGAGUGGAUAUUGAGCAAACCUCAACAGGAGGCGUAACCCCAUUGAUUGCCGCCGUACAAGCUGGUGCCGUACAGAUUGUGGAGCUCCUGUUACAGGUGGGCGCCGACGUGCACGCCACCACUCGCUCCGGCGACACGGCGCUGCACUGGGCCGCCUACAGCGGCAGCGGACCCAUGGUUCGGCAGCUGCUGGAGGCGGGCGCCAACGUGGAUGCGGUGGGGGAGCUGGGCAACCGGCCGCUGCAUGUGGCGGCGAGCAGGGGACAUGACCAGGUAGUGGGCCUGCUGCUUACGCACAACGCGCACACCAACUUCAAAAACGCGUACGGCAACACGGCGCUAGCGCUCGCCACGUCAGCUCGCGUGCAGUCCUGGAUUAAGCGUGUGGCGGAGGGCGGGUCGGCUGAGCGCAGCCGCCUAGCUGGCGAGCUGGCCGGGGCGGAGGCGGAGGCGGAGGGGCGAGCGGCGGAGCGGCGAGCUAAGGAGGAGGCGGAGUCCAAGGUCCGUGAAGAGCGCGCGCUGGCUGCUCGCAAGAAGCGCGACGAGGAGGACGCGGAGGAGGACCGCAUCGAGGAGAUGGAGCGGGCAAGGCUCAAGGGGUACCCCCCAGCCCCCACACAUACAAGUCCCCCCGCUGCUGCUACUGCUACACGACCGAGCGGAGGAGGAGGAGCGGCGGCGGCUCGAAGAGGAGCGGAUCCGGGCGGAGGAGGAGGCCAAGCGGCUAGCGGAGGAGGAGGCGAAACGAGCAGCGGCGGAGGCCCGACGGAAGAAACGUGAAGCCAUGAAAAAGAAGAAACCAUAAGAGUACCGUACAUACAGAGUAGUGGGGGACGUAGCUAGCGCGUAAGAAGGGGUUUGCAUUGUUGUUAAUGGUGGUGGAAGCAUGUGGCGUGUGGGGAGGGGGCAAAUCACAGCACUGUGCAGUGGGGGCAUGAGGAAUGAGGGGGCAGGAGGCGGAGGGGUCGCAGUGCGCCGAGAGCACCCGGGCAGCCAAGAAGGGUCUCUUCAAGGUGGUCGCCCAGAGGGGGGAGUUUUGAAUGGUGCCUGAUGAGGACUGCCCUUGUCCAUGAAGGGAGCGUUUACCGGUGAUCAGGAAAUAAAUAGGACAAAAGGUAUACAAAGAAGGUGCUUGGCGGUAAAGAAGUGAAAGGGUUUGUACAGAAGCGGUGGUGGGUGUUAUACCUGGUAGAUGUGCGCAUGCCUCUGUGUUGGUGACAACCUAGGAAGGCGGCAUACCUGCCGGGGCAUCUGUCUGCACAUCUUGUUCACUGCAUAUUAACAGGUUUUUUUCUCAGCGCAUCGUCUAUUGUUACACGGUAUGAAGGGUUGUGUACCCGAUGCAAUGCGGCAAUCCGCUUUAACGUACAAAAUGCCGUAGAUCGUACAUUAUUGUACAACAACCCUACAUACGGACCAUGGUACGAGAGGUAAGAAGCAGAUUGUGCACAUGUAAAACUACCGUAUAGUCCCCAACUCGUUCCCAUGCAACGUCAAAAUGCAACUCUUUCCAACUUGUCCUCUUGCCUUACACCUAUCGACAACAACUAUGUAUCAAC